AUGACUGGGGCUGUGCGCUUGAUGAUGCUUCCAAGUCCCUUAGUAUUACCCUCGCUAACAGGCUAUAUCUCUAAGGGCAUUGCCCUUGGCAGGAAAAAGCAGGUCUGGGACACGAUCAGAGCAUUUGAUCUUGCGUCUAUGUUCACAAACAGAGAUUUGAAUGCCAAUCAUCUCCUUCUCUUGAUCAAGGUAGAUCAACAUAAUGAGGCACUUCUGCACGUCCAAGAGCUGGCCAACGCGUUGAACAUGUGGCUACUUUGGAAUGCAGAUCACCAUUACUGGUACAGCUGCAUAGCUGAUAUGCCACAGCACUCAGAACAUCAUACCAAACUACAAGGGUGUGUGCAAUGUGCUGAUCCCCUAGAUGAGAGUUCCAAGGAGCUCAACAAUGUAAGGCUUGCUGUGAAUGCCAACAGUCCCUUGGCAUGCAAUGGUUGUAAUGCUCCGCAUCUGCCAGUGAAGACCCAUGAAGACUUGGAAGCGUCACCUCAUCACCCUAGCCAAGUGGUUAUCCCAACGGAAUCAACAUCUGUUUCUAUUGGAGUGCAACAGACAGUAUCUCAGACAUAG